GGGGGGAGGCCCGGCUGUAGUGUACGCGAACUACUGGGGGGAAUGGGCGACGUUUGAUCCGCAAGACGGUUUAAGGAUCAAGACGCUGUUGUAAAGCUGUGUCCAACUUGUGGCCCCUUGUCCACAAUCUUCAAAAUGAAGCCGGCUGUCAACAAACUGGAGAAACAUAUCCAAGACAUGGACGAAGGCAGCAGCUACAUAGAGUUUGACGUGCCGGAGUUCAGCAACACCGUUCUGAGCCAGCUCAAUGAGUUGCGGCUGCAGGGGAAGCUGUGUGACAUCAUUGUUCACAUCCAGGGCCAGCCAUUUCGUGCUCACAAGGCUGUGCUGGCGGCCAGUUCACCCUAUUUCCGCGAUCACUCAGCCCUAAGCACCAUGAGUGGCCUCUCCAUUUCAGUUAUCAAAAGCCCUGAGGUGUUUGAGCAGCUUCUGGCCUUCUGUUAUACAGGCCACAUGUCUCUGCAGCUAAAGGAUGUCAUCAGCUUCCUCACUGCAGCCAGCUUCUUGCAGAUGCAAGCCAUCAUUGACAAGUGCACUCAAAUCCUGGAGAGCAUUCACUCAAAGAUCAGCCUCCCAAUCGGAAUUGGGAGCCCGGAGAAGGAAGGCUCCCAGGCCAGCCACAAUGGGGUCAAUGACAGCAACCUUUUUGUAAACCCUACCCAGAUCUCCCCCUCCUACUACUCCCGGCAGAGUCAGGCAGUGAACGUGGAGGCCCGUUCUGAGCUGUCAGGGAAAGGUUUGGGCAGGGCACGGCAGCAGCACGAGGAAGGCCAGUCAGACCGCGGCAGUAGUGAUAGUGUGUCAGAGCAGGAUGCCCCCAUGGAGGGUGAAAUGGAGCAAGUAGAACUGAUUGGCAAGGAUGGGCAGGUGACAGAUGUGCAUGUGAAGAUUGAGAAGAACGACAGGCCCACUUAUUCAGACAGCUCUUCCGCUGGCGAUGAUGGCUACCAUACCGAGAUGGUAGAUGGAGAACAGGUGCUGGCUGUCAGUGUGGGUUCGUACGGUACUGUCAUCCAGCCCGCAGGGUACUCUUACUCAGGGCUGUCCUCCCCUUGCUUUGUCAGCCUCAGCAGCUCCAGUCCCUCCCGCUCUAUGUUAAGUGGUAUCAGAGGAGGGCGAGCUAGAGCAAAGCGUCCCAUGGCCAUGCCAGCAGGGGUAUUGAGUCACAUUAAGCCCAGCGCUGAUGACAGUGAGCCACAGUUGGGACCCACAGGUUUGGAGAAUGAUGUGAGAGAGCGGAGUCUGCGGGGCCAGUGGUACCCAUACAAUGAGAGACUCAUUUGCAUCUACUGUGGAAAGACCUUCAAUCAGAAAGGCAGCCUGGACCGCCACAUGCGCCUGCACAUGGGAAUCACACCCUUUGUUUGCAAAUUCUGUGGCAAGAAGUACACAAGGAAGGACCAGCUGGAGUACCACAUCAGAGGCCACACGGACAACAAGCCCUUCCACUGCCAGAUCUGUGGGAAAUGCUUCCCCUUCCAGGGCACCCUCAACCAGCACCUGAGGAAGAAGCACAUGGGGGCAUCAGAGGGCAACAAUCACAUAGACUCUCCAGAGAGGACGGAGGGGAGCUCGGGUCAGAAGGACUCAGAGGAUGCUUCCGAGGGAAUGGCCUUUGAGGCACAGUAUGCAGAGGAGGCCCCAUCCAAUGACAUGGAGGAGAGUUCAAAAUGUAGCCCAGAGGAGGCUCAAGCAUCCAGAUGUGAUUUUUAAGCCGUGCUUCAGGUUAAGGAAGCUUUAUGAAACAUUUGUUUCAAUUGGAGGCUAAAGUAUGUUUCAUUUUUGAUUAUGCUCCCUCAACAUUGAACGUGAUUCUCAUCAAGGCUCUGUCAGUUUUGUGAAAGUCAAUUAUUGAAUGCAAAGAGCUAAUGGGUGCUUCUUAGGAUUUUGGUUCUUUCAAAGCAAAGGGAGUAACAACUUGUUUUUUUAAGGAGGUCCCAGUAAUCAAGGCCCCCUGUUUCUCUCUUUAAUCUUUCCAUGUUUUUAAAAACAUAUUUACAGAGUUAUAUAGGCAUGUUGCAAUAAUUGAUAAUGUGAAAGCUCUGAUAAGAUGCUUGUCAUAUCACCUUUUUACCUGACCUGUUUUUGCACAUGUGACCAUAGGAGGUCACUUACUCACAAGGAAUGAUUUCUGCCAGUGCAAAGCUUCGUGUGACAUAUCCGUUCAAUACCUCAUAAUGUAACUACAUACUCAUAACAGACAGUCUUUUAACUUUACUGAAACUCUGCCAGGUUCUACCUCAUAGCCAAGAACCUACCAGGAACAGAUGUGUUCACCAUUUAAAAAUCCGUUUGUAUGUUUUUCAUUGCCAAACCCUGGGAAGAGCAUCCUUUCUACACAAAGCCUUGAUACUUAAUUGAAAUAUUCCUUGCUGAUUGUAUGGAUUAUGGACUAAAUGUCAAAUGUUUUGUGGUCAGCCAGGUUAAAUUGUUAACGAAAGAAGGUGCUAUGUUAGGAGUACAUUAGAAUUCUUUGCUUACUUACGUGUUCGUAUUUGGCAAACGCAAAGAAUAGAGGAAGAGUGGCCCUGUAUUCAUUCAAGACGUCAUAUGCUGUCUCUUCUUAUCAAGUUCAAGUUUGUUUUGCAAUGCACCAUUUUAUCUCUUAUGAUCACUACUGGAGAUCUCAAUCUGUUGGCCUAUGUGUGCUUUCAGAUACCAUAAUCCAUGGAAUGGAUGACUUAUCCUCAUACAGUGGAAACACUUGCAAUGUUAUAUAUUCUGAUAGCAGUUUCAUACAGAACUACUUAAUUGCCACGCUUGUUUUAUUUGUCUGGAGGUAGGCUUCUAUGUUAAUACUCAGUGCAUCUAACAGAGACAGAGUUCUCUUCAUUAGUUCAGCACAGUAAGAACAGCUCUGGGUCUGUUCGCAUAAAUCAAUAUAGUAUACUAUGAAUAAUAUGCAAAUGGAAGAACAAAGGAAUCUCAGCCAUUAUGCCAUGGUAUUUCCUUUCUUGCAAGAGUCUUUCGGUCGGCUCCAUUUUUUUUUUUCUCCAGUCUUGUA